AUGGCUGAACUUGUUGAAAAGGGUAAAGUUAAAUAUAUUGGACUUUCUGAAUGUUCAGCUGAUACGCUUCGACGCGCUCACAAAGUUCACCCAAUCGCCGCUGUUCAGGCAUCUUGUGAAGAACUUGGUGUUACAAUUGUCGCGUAUAGCCCAAUAGGGCGUGGUAUAUUAUCGGGAAGAUAUAAAUCCAUAAAUGAUUUUGAACCUAAUGACAUUCGUAGAUACCUUCCUCGUUUUAUGGGAGAUAAUUUUACUAAAAAUUUAGAUCUCGUAAAAGAAAUUGAAAAGAUAGCCGAAAAGAAAGGCGUUACUGCUAGUCAAAUUUGUUUGGCAUGGGUUGUGGCUCAGGGUGAAAACAUCGUUGCAAUUCCCGGUACUAAAAAAAUUAAAUAUUUGGAAGAAAAUGUUCAUGCUGCCAAUGUCAAGUUAACCGCUGAAGAAUUAGCUGAAAUUCGAAAAAUUAUUGAUUCUAUUGAAGUUACCGGUCCUAGAUACCCUGAAGGCCAUCAGAAGUUUGAAAAUUUUAAUUUCAUCGCCUAUAAAUGGUGA